AUGUCACGAUCGUUGACCAUAGAUUUAACUUUUGCGUUCCUUGAUGAUGAGUCCAUGAGAAACGAGACUGCUGCGGGGCAGACCUCCGCCCGCUGGCGUAGGGCCCGGCCCGGCCUCCUCGCUGGCGGGGCGCGUGGUCCCGGCACGCUGCACAGGGGGGGCGGGCCCCUCACAGCGCUGUGGGUGCUAGGCCCAGGCCUGGCCCCGCUGGUUGCAGGCCCGGCCGGCCCAGCUGGCUUGCAGGCCCAACCCGUCCCACAGCAGGCUUGCGGGCCGGGACCGGCCCGCAACGGGCUUGCAGGACCGGCCUGCACCGCAGCUGGUUCAUUGGCCCGGUCCGGCCUGAACUGUGGCUACCGGGCUUACUGGCCCGGCCCGUUACGUGGGCGACGCACGGGCUCAGCCCAGUCUUCUGCGCUCAUACGGGUCCGGCCCGCCCCUCUCCGCACUGUUACUAGCUGGCCGGCCCUGGCCAUGCCCGCCCACCAGUAUGCACGCGGGCUUGGCUCGCCCCGCAGUGGGACGAGUGGGCUGGGCCCGGCACGCCCUGUAGUGGGUCUCUCGGGUCCGGGCUGUCCCGCCCUGCAGCGGGUGGCGGUCCGGCCUAAGCAUUCAACGGGCUUGAUGGCCUGGCAGGCCCGGCCUGCUGCAGGCUUGGCGGCCCGGCCUGCCCAGCAGGGAGAGAGCUGGCCCGGCCUGACAGGCGGCGGGCACAUAGGCCCGGCCCGGCCUGCCCCUCUGACGGCUUAUAAGCCCGGGCCGGCCUUCUCCUCUGCGGGCUUAUGGGCCCACCCCGGCCCGUAA